UCCCACCAUAGGAAAACCUAAUUUCUCUUCCGUGGUUCCAUCUGUGGCCGGGUCCCCUCUCUUCAUCGUGGACAAUCGGCGCUCUGAGAUUUCUCUAACGUCUAUCCGGCUUUCACUCUUUUCCUAUUCAAUAGUCGCUCCUCUCAGGUGGUUUAACUUGUAAUGUUGUGAGUGGAAAUUUCCAAUCGAAGUUAAAAACAUGCACUCUGCAGAAGCCAAGAGUCUAGCUUAUCUACGGACUGUUAUGUGUUAUAUCCUCUGUUCUAAAAAUCAUUCUAUGCGUCCGACUAGUCCAUAGAUACAGAAAUCGCUGAGGUGCCCGCGUUUUGCGUUCCGGAUCGCGCGUACCGGAUCGCGGUACAGUUGCGCGCCGGUCGCUGCUGGGUCGCGACUCAGGUACGGCGGAUUUCGGUCGCAGUUCGCGCUUCACUUGCAGGUGGUUCGCCGUAUCCUGUUCAUCAUUCGCAAGUUUCCCUUAGCGGACGACGAUCCAGCAGUCCAAGUGACGCGACUUCUAAAGUCUAAAUGACUCUUUCCUAUUCGUAAUUUCGUACCUCUGAAAUCUAAAUGACCCUUCUUGACUUUCGUACUUCCUUCCAGACUCCAAAGAGACGGUUGAAUUGUUUUUUUUUGUUACACACAAAAGUUUUAAAGAGACGGUUCAGAACCUUUGACUUCGUCCUUAAUAUUUUAAUUACUUUUGUUAAUUAUAGUUACUUUAUUUUUUGUCUUCAAAAAAAAUAGUUACUUUAUUUGUUUAAGUAUUUCAGACUUUUUGUUUAAUGUUUUGUUGAAGUUAAUUGUUUAGUACUAGUAUUAUAUUAUAUUUAUUACAUUUAUAGUUUGUACUUAAUACACAGUAAAUUGUAGGUAGUAUAUGUUUAUGGUACAUUGUACCGCGUACCGAACUAGCGUACCGAAGAAGCCUACCCCCUUGCGUAUCGUUUUUUUUAUAUUAGCGAACCGCGUUCUCGUUUUCGUACCGUGUACCGAUGUGUACCGCGAUCCAUGUGACUAUGGACUAGUCCCCCUAGGCGCUAGGCGGUGGUCGGGCGCCCCGAUUUUUGUCUAGGCGUUCCGAUUAAUUGGUUUGCCGUCUAGGGGAAUUAGUUGGCUGCCUAUGGCUCCUAGUUGCCCGCCCAGUUCGCCUAAUCGGCCGUCUAGACCGUCUAGAUUCGUCAAACAUUACUUUCCAUUUUAGUUUUAAUUUUCUAAAAGAUAUACGUACUUUAGCUUUAGCCAUAGAUAUAAAGAAAUGAAGUUGUAAAUUAAGACAAAACUAUAUAUGUUUCUAUUUAUACCUAAAUUUCAUCAUUAUAUAUAUUUAUAACAUAAUGAAGUUAAGUGAUUACUUAUCAUAUACUACGUAUGAUUAAAUGUGAUAAUUUUAUCAUUCAGGUUUGUUAAGGUAUAUGUAUAUAUGUAUUUUAUACACUCAAAAAUACAAUAUUGCUUAUUAUAUUUAUGCAAAAAUAUAGAUAAAAAUGCAUUUUCUUUGUCUUCGACUAGUCCCCGCCUCGGCGCCCGCCUAGGCGCUAGGCGCUGGGCUGGCGUCCGACUAGCACCUAUGGCCAGUUGUAGAAUGGUAGUUAUUGUGUAACUACUGACAAUGUAAACAACUUUUUCACUUGAUAUAUCUGGAAUUUUGCAGUUGAAAAUCUGCCACUUGAGUCGGAUGAUUUACCUUGCGUGGGAACAGUUGGGGAACAGACCAUCCCCUUUCUAUUGAUACAAAUAUUGCAAUAUACUAAACUAUACAAGUCAGGAAAGACCAACCUAAGAUUCUCGCCAUCUCCUUCGGACGAAUAAUCUUAUCUAAUCUUGUUUUCAAUAUAAUGUCUAGUUGUCGUCGUAGGACAACAGUAACAAGUGAACUGCCUCAAGAGGUAAAGGAAAGAAUACUGGAGUGCAUGUCCACUCGAGAUGCCGCCAGAAGUUCUCUCCUCUCAACUCAGUGGAGGGAAGCUUGGUACCGCCAAGGUCAACUCUUCUUUGAUUCGGCCUUCUUCAGAUCCCUCGAAAACAUGAGCAAUUCUGACAAUGAUAGCUUGUCUAUUGUGAGCAUAAUAAACAAUAUUCUCAUUCUCCGGGCUGGACCUCUUAAAAAGUUUAAGUUACAGAUGUAUUACAAUUCUAACCCCCUGCUGCCAAAGCAAUCUGAUUUGGACCGGUGGUGUCUUUAUAUGUCUAGAAACGGCAUUGAAGAGCUUGACCUCUCUAUGAGUCAUUCCGGACCAAAAUAUAAGGUUCCAUCUUGUCUAGUCUCAUGCAACACUAUCAAGCAACUGAAACUUGAUUAUUUCGAUUUCUACUUGCCGGUAGAUGCUUCGUGCAUAUUCCCCAGGCUCACGUACUUAGAUUUCCGCAGUGUUGAGUUCUUUAGGGGUAGUGAUAAAUUUGAUAAGAGGCUGGUCUUCACUAUUCCGAAGCUUGAGAAGCUGGGUUUGUACAUGUGUUCUCAAAUCAAGAGUUUUGCCAUCAGCGCCCCAAAACUUAAAAGUUUGACCGAAGUUGGUUUUGAAUGUCCGGUUGGAAGCUCCAGAUUGCUCAAGCUUCAUUUGACCUCUAUUGUGACACUUAGAUUGUUGCUAUAUUAUUAUUCGGCUAGGGCUCUUGCGGUGGCCUCCUCAACCUUUCCAAUUGCAAUCAAUCUGCAAGAAAUCAUACUUGAUGCCUUCGAUUUUAGUUCAAAGGACCAUCUUACAUAUGCUGGCCAAUUGUUUAAGAAAUCCCCCAAGCUAUGUGUGCUGGAGAUUGAAUAUGUGGAACGUUCUCAAGUAGCUGAUCCAGCACUUUUGGAGGACCUUAUGGAAGCUGAUUUCAGGAUGCUUGAAACAGUGAAGCUUGACGGGUUCAGAGGAUCUGAAAUCGAACUAUGCCUUGUGAAAUUACUACUCUCUAAGUCGCCUGCACUGCACGAUGUUGUUAUUUAUGAAGCUCGUGAUAUCGAUUCUUCUAUGGCUUCUGAGGCCCCAAAGAAACUUCUGAGCUUUCCUCGUGCGUCUCCCAAAGCACAAAUUGUCUACAAAUGAGUACAUUUCCCAGUGUUAUGUUAAUAAAUUAUGGACUUGUGGGAAUAUCCUGACUGUAUGUUUUGCUAUAUAAUAAGGAGUUUUAUAAUCAUGAAAACCAAUGGUUGCAUGAUUAAGAGUUUGAGAGUAUAUUAGUGUAUGUAGUUCUGUGUAGUUGUGUAUGUAGUCCCAAAACUUGUAAUAACCUUAAUGGUACCAUUUGUACAAUUCCAACUAUAAAUAAUCCGUACAUCACAAGACAUCCGUUCA